ACACACACACACGCGGAACAGGAGUGUCAGGUGUCUCACUACGCUCUGUCUCUUUCUCUGUCUUACUGUGGAAGCAGGUGACGCAGUGAAGAGUUUCAAGAGUUUGAAGAACGGCAGAAAUUCUGAGGAAUAAAAAAAUUAUAAUAAAACAAACAAACCAAGAAUCAUCUCAAACACCAGGGUGUGGUGAUGGAGUCGACGCCUUUCAGUCGGAAGCAGUGGUCGUCUCAGUCCUUACGCAUCACAGCCAGGGAACUGUCGCUGGUCAGCACUCGAGGGAAAACCAACGCCAUCGCUGAACGCUUCUCCAAAUAUCAGAAGGCCGCAGAGGAAGCAAAUGCAGACAAGAAAAAACCGCAGGUGGAGAGCCUGCCUUCAGCCGUCCGCUCAGGGAACCUCAGUGUGUUGAAGAAGCGCUGGGAGGAGAAGCGACAGAACGCACCGGGUGUGACCGCACCUGUACCUCCGGCAGAACCUCGAGCUCCCUCUCGCACUCACAGCUUCAGACCUGUCAGGGUUCAGGAGGAGAAGAGAGGUGAGGUGGAGAAAGUGAUGGAGACGAAGCUGGAGCUAAUGCCAGAGUUGAAGCAAGAGUUAAAACCAGAGCUGACAAAGGUGACAAAGCAGGAGCUGAAGCAGGAGGUGAAACCAGAGCUGAAGCUGGAGACAAAACAGGUGGUGAAGCAGGAGCUGAAGCAGGAGCUGAAGCAGGAACUGAAGCAGGAGGUGAAACCAGAGCUGAAGCUGGAGACAAAGCACGAGGUGAAGAAGGAGCUGAAGCAGGAGGUGAAGCAGGAACUGAAGCAGGAGGUGAAGCAGGAGCUGAAACUGGAGACAAAGCAGGAGGUGAAGCAGGAGAUGAAACAGGAGGUGAAACCAGAGCUGAAGCUGGAGACAAAGCAGGAGGUGAAGCAGGAGAUGAAACAGGAGGUGAAACCAGAGCUGAAGCUGGAGACAAAGCAGGAGGUGAAGCAGGAGGUGAAGCAGGAGGAAGAGCAGAAGAAGGAAGUGGAGAAACCAAACAUUGCUCUCAGCAGCCUUAAGAACAUGUUUGAGAAAGGAGAACCCAAGGUUCGACGCACGAACAGCACUUCACAAGACUCAGACAUUCGACCGGCAGACCGAGGUUUGGUCUCUCUGGAACGCUCCAAGUCUGUGAGAGACAGAAUGGCGAGGUAUCAAGCCGCCGUGUCCAAACAAGACCCCCGGAGUCCUCAGAGCCCAUCGAGCCCAGCUGAGAUCGAGGUUAAAGGUUCAGCAGCAGAUCUGAAGGAAAAUGCGCCUCCUGCUGGUGGAGAACAGACUGAGAUCAAGUGUGCACCUUCAGGGCCGAUGAGCGCCAAACCCAACGGUGUGUUAGCUGAUACAGGAAGUCCAAGCACUGCAGCAUGUGAGCCAGAACCCAACGACACACCCAGAUUUGUCAGAGGUCAGAGGUUUCGUGCUACUGUGAGAGAGACUUGUGUGGCUUGCCAUAAGACGGUUUACCCGCUGGAGAAACUGGUGGCCAAUCAGCAAACCUUCCACAACUCUUGUUUCCGCUGCGCUCACUGCAACACCAAACUCAGCUUGGUGAAUUUCGCCUGCCUGCAUGGUAACAUCUACUGCAAACCUCACUACAACCAGCUCUUCAAGUCCAAAGGUAACUAUGACGAGGGCUUCGGACACAGGCCUCAUAAAGAGCUGUGGACCGGCCGAGGUGAUGACGAGGAGCUCGAAGAGUCCGAAAAGCCAAAACCUUCUUCACCUGACCCUUUCCCAGUUAAACUGCCCAGAUCAGAAAAAGUCUUAAAUCAAAAUUCCACAGUUGAGGAAACUCCUAUAGCCAAAGUCACUGAUCUUACAUCAUCUCUGGAGACCAAAACUCAGACGGUUCAAGAAGCAGCGAAACCUGCAGUUUCUGUGGAAACAAAAAGAUUGAAGGUGGCUUGGCCACCACGUGCUGACACGACCAGCUCUGGUGUGGAGAGAGGAAGGAGUCCAGUUAAAGCCUUCAAGCUGAAAUGGCCCCCAGAGGAUGAGGCCCAGUCCAGUGUGGUGAGCACAGAGCGAGUGGAGUUGAGGAGUCUGAGACGCAGCACAUCUCUCAAAGAUCGAAGUCGACCUUUUUCUGUGGCACCGAGAAUGGAAUCCAACAAUCAGGAGCAAACACACCCAGUCAAGCCCACUCUGGCUCGGCGUGGCUCUCUGGAGCUUCAGUCAACUUCUAAAAUACAGAUGUUCCAGAAGGAGAAAAAGGAGGAGAGCUCAGAGGUGAGAAAACCCACUGAGACAGAGCACAAGGCUUUCAACAGCAGUGAAUUUGAGAUUCCUCCAAAACAAGAGGAGAAACCCAAAAUCCCACAAUCCAUCCUGAAACGACCUCAAACAAACAAAACAGAGGCUUCUGAUGACCAGGCAGAGGAGCAACCGAAACAACCCCCAGAACUUACGACUGCUUCACCUCCCCAAGCUGCAGAGAGCAACAGGACAUCUGAAGAUGUGGGAUUCUGUGACGGAG